UAUAUAACCGCCGCGCGUUUUAGAAAAAAUAGUUCACUUUAUUCCUUUCCAUUUCAUCGGUUUGUAUGACAACGAACUCAUCAUGUUGCUACCGAUAUUCCUCAUCUCGAUCCUGGCAUCCACGAAUGCUGGGUGGUUGGACGGCAUGUUAGAUCUGUUACCAAAAUUGAAUCCAUUAGAUCGGGUACCAGACAUGCCGGACUUGUUAACACCCCCUGAAGAUGCAACGCUUACCACGAUGGAACUGAUAAGCAAAUACGGCUACGACGGUGAACUGCAUAAUGUAACCACUGCUGACGGUUAUAUUUUGGAAGUACAUCGGAUAAAAGGACGAGCUAACUCUACCACCUCAAACGUCCAAAAACCCGUUGUGUUUGUGAUGCACGGCCUUUUGUGUGAUUCGUCGGUUUGGGUUAUUUCUGGCCGCGAAAAAAGUUUAGCAUUUAUUCUGGCGGAUGAGGGUUACGACGUAUGGCUUGGUAAUGCGCGUGGCAAUCGAUAUGCUCAAACUCAUACACAUAAAAAAAUCAAGGCAAAAGAUUACUGGAGCUUCAGUUGGCACGAGAUUGGCACACAAGAUCUGCCAGCAAUGAUAGAUCAUGUUGUCAACACCACUGGCCUCCAGAAAAUGUUUUACCUAGGGCACAGCCAGGGUACUACCGCCUUCUUCGUCAUGGCAUCGGAACGGCCCGAGUAUCAGAAAUAUUUCGAGGAGGUGUAUGCCAUGGCUCCGAUGGUUUACUGUGGUAGAAUGAAGAGUCCUUUCUUGCAGUUGCUCUCCCAGUUCACCACUGGCCUCGACUAUAUGUGGAAUAUGUUGGGCGCGUACGAAUUCAACCCUAACAACGAAUUCACAAAAGCAAUUCAGCACUUAGUGUGCGCGGAAAAUGCUAUCUCGCAACCGAUAUGCUCAAAUGCGAUAUUCCUGCUAGCUGGAUUUAACGCUGAACAAUUUGAUCCGGCUAUUCUACCAGCAGCCUUAGGACAUGUUCCUUCUACUACAGCCACGAAGCAACUCAUCCACUACGGUCAACUCAUCAAGUCUGGAACAUUUUUAUUCUCGGGGAAAUUUAAGAAAUUCGAUUAUGGAACUCUCGGUAAUAAAAAUGUUUACGGCACGUGGAAUCCACCAAACUAUAAUUUAAGCAGAGUCACGGCACCGAUCCACUUGUAUUACAGCGAAAAUGAUUGGUUAGCAAAUGUCCAGGACGUAGAGAAAUUGCACAGUGAGCUGACCAAUCCCACCGGUUUGACUUUAAUAGACGAUGAGAAUUUUAAUCACGUGGACUACAUGUGGGCCAAAGAUGUGAAGACUCUUGUGUACGACCAGAUAAUCAGUACAAUGAAGAAGAAGUCAUCGUAAUGAAGUGUCAGCGUCUAUUCCUUUAUAUUUCUAAUAAUCUACGAAAUUUGAUAGGGAUUUGUUUUCCUCAGCGGGAUUAUUUUGUUCCGGGGCCAACGUUUAUACCCAAUACAUGUAAUUCGAUGUAUACCAGUUUAAAUUACCAAUUUCCUGUCAACGUGUUCGUAUUCUCAUAAAAUAUUUUGUCCAUUUGAAAUGCAACAAACGUAUAUUUUUCCUUUUAGUCUGGCCCUGCUUAUAAAUUUCCAUUCUCUUGUAUUAUCGUAUUAUUUUUUCUCGCUUAGUGUUUUCAUUUGUAACUAAUUGUCGCCUUUUCUUUGACUCAUCAUCUUAUAUUAAAAAACACGAUAGUAUCUCGCACAUAUUUCGCGCCCAAUCAAUACCCAGUGAGAAAUGAUUCGUCGAUCGACGUCGAAACGACAUCGACACCGUCCAAUUGACGUCGAUUCGACAUCAUUUCUCACUGGGGCGCUUAUUAUAAUACGAGUAUAAAUGCAUGUUUUCUUACCGUAUGUGCAUGGGGUCAAUUUAGACAUAAAAAUCGUGGUUUAUUUUUUACAAAUUUUACUUUAUUCAGCUUUUUGAACGAAAUAAAAAAAAAGAUAUUGUAUAAAACAUUGUUUUAUACGUCGUAUAUUAAAUACUGUAAAAUCUAAUACAUAAUGAUUGACAAAUUAACAAUCUGCACAAGACGGUUGUGCAUGCAAAAAACGCCGUUUGCACGGUGAUUAUUACUCCGAAAGCACGCAGUGAAGCAGAUCCAGCGACUAUCCAGAAUCGGAAUACAAAAAUACUGGGUUUUGUGCAAAGCGAGAAAACAAGGAAUACAAUAACAGCAAUUGUUUUGUAAAAAUCUACUUUGUCGAUUUAUUAUAUUUAACAAAUAGUUCUACACAUUAUGAAUUUACAUUGUUAAUAGAGAAAGAUUCUGUAACUACGUAUGUACAAUAAUUAUAGAAGCCACGUGUUUUUCAACGACAGAUAUAUGCGUGUGCUGUCUCUCUUUCUCCUAAGCGGAAAAACAGAAGGUCGGUAAUAAUCGCCGUGCAUCGAUCGUAAAUUUUCGUCUCGGCAAAGUUACUCCAUUUCUACGUUCUCUUAUACAAAAUUCUAAAAAUUAUCAAAAUGAGCGCAUCAUUACGAUAAUAAUACGGCCCUAUCGAAAAUGAUACGGCUUACGUAUUGUGCACCCAUUUUCAUUCUACGGAUAGGAACCCGGAAAUAGGACCUGUGGCCCAAAUCUGGUAUUUCUGUCUCUCUCUACCACUUUUUCUCUGUUGCACAUUACUUGUAUUAUUCUCUUUCUUUAUUUUCUGCAAUACAUCGUGUUUUUUUUAUCGUCUUCUUAAUUUCAUCUCAGACUUGUAUUAAUCCACUGUAUACUGUAAAGCACAUCUAAUGUAUUUCAAGGUUUAAUAAAAUCGCUAUUCUA